UCGACACCUCAUAUUAUAACAGGGAUCCCUCAUGUCAACACAGACGUGUAAUGCUGGAAAAACGAUUUGUUGUUUAUUAUACAUUACGGCAAAUCAUCAGAUUUAAGCAGACUCUAUCGGUGAUCUCGAAUCAAGCCCAAGCACGCACGCCCCGCUUUACGCAGCGGUGAAAUGUCAGCCCAACUGUGGAGGAUAAAUGUCAGAGGUUAACCCCUGAAUUCUACAAACGUAUAAUGUGACCGAUGUUCAAGGACUGGCCGACCAGAUGAACAAACGGGUAGCCUACUGGCAAGUACUUCGGUUUUGAACGAAGUUUCCAGUCACUGAUUACCCACUAACACCUCCGCAGUGAUGUUAUUUCGGUUUGGUGUCAUUUUGACUCCCACAUGCACCGACAUUGAGGUGCUCCUCGUGGGCUCGAGAGAGGAGAUGGGACACUGGGACACCAACAGAGCCGUGUCCAUGAAAGCCGCGCGCAAAACACUAUCCACGCGCGAGCCUUGCUUGUGGGUGUGCGAUGUGCAGCUGGAGCGCGACUUCUCCGAGAACUUCUGGUUCAAGUUCCUCAAACGGGUCAAAGGAGGAGACCUCAUCUGGGAAGGUAACGGGUCGCAUCACGACCGCUGCUGUGUGUACGAUGAGCGGAACAUUGUGGAGAGCGUAUACUGUCUUCCCAUUGGCCACUGGAUUGAGCAGAGCGGUCACACAGAUGAGAUGAAACACACAACAGACUUCUACUUCAAUGUGGCGGGGAAGCAGUCCAUCCACUACUCACAGAUCCUGCCCAGGGUGUGGCUGGGCAGUUGCCCGCGGCGCCUGGAGCACCUGAAGGUGACCCUGAAGGAGGAGCUGGGCGUCACCGCCGUGAUGAACUUCCAGACGGAGUGGGACAUCUGCAACAACUCCAACGCCUGUCGCCCCGACCACUGGCACGAGCCCAUGAGCCCCGACGUCAUGACGCGCCUCUACAGGGAGUAUGGCAUCGACUACGUCUGGAUUCCCACGCCAGACAUGAGCACUGAAGGGCGCGUGCAGAUGCUGCCCCAGGCCGUCUUCCUGCUGCAGGGGCUGCUGGGUAGCGGCCACGUGGUGUACGUGCACUGCAACGCGGGCGUGGGCCGCUCCACGGCGGCGGUGUGCGGCCUGCUGAUGUACGUGCUGGGCUGGAGCCUGCGGCGGGCGCAGUACCACCUGUGCGGCCGCCGGCCCUGCGUCUACGUGGACGAGGAGGCCAUGCUGCGGGCGCAGCCGGACUACCGCAGCAAGUUUGGCAGCGCGCACAACUGCCCCUGCUUGGUGGAGGAAUGAGGAGGACAGACUUACACAUGCAUAUGCACACACACACACACACACACACACACACACACACACACACACACACACACACACACAAACACACACACACAGAACUGCAUGUAUUUUACACACAUACGCGUGCACACACACAAACACACACACACACACACACACACACACACACACACACACAAACACAAACACCUCUGCCUGAUGACCGGCAGUGUAUGUGGACAAAAUGACUCUUUCACGUACGACCACAUAUACAGUAUAUACACCCAAGUGUGCUCUGCAGCCAGCCAUCAAUGUGGAUGAGGCAAGCAAGUUUGGCAGUGCAAACAACUACUUGCUGGAGGAGUAAAUGAUAUCUAUAUUUCUCUCUCUCUCUCUCUCUCUCUCUCUCUCUCUCUCUCUCUCUCUCUCUCUCUCUCUGUCUCUCUCUCUCUCUCAAUCCUGCUCCCUCUCUCUCUCUAUCCCGUUCUCUCUCUCUGUCUCUGUCUCGCACACACACACACACACACACACACACCUGCAUGGAUUUUACGUGUGCGCAACAAGAUUGUGCAUCCUGACUGUGUUGUUAUAAUGAUUGGACAGUGGUUUUGAUAAGUGCUUGUGGUUAAUUAAAG